GUUCAUCUUCACUCCCCAACCUAAAACCCUUGCAAACCCUUCUUCUUCAACCAGCCUCAACUCACGAAGCGAAACCACCUUGUUACCAUAACAAGGUAAGAACUAAGCAACAACAAAACCAUGGCGCCGCGCUCAGAAAAAUCGCAGAAGAAUAAGAACAACGACAAACCUAAAAUCGAUAAAGCUUCUAAGAAAAUAUCCAAACCAAAACGGGAACACAACGGCGCCUCCGGGAAGUCAGAAUCGCUUGCUUUGCAGCUCGAAGACGAGGUUCCCGAUUUUCCCCGAGGUGGAGAAUUUUCUGUGAAAAGAAGUAGUAAUGAUUAUGAGAAAUUUGGCGAUGAGGAUCCGUCGAAGAAACUGUGGAAGAAUAAGAAGAAAGGGAAAAAAGUGUUUAGUAAGAGUGAAGACACUGAAAGUGAUUGGGGCUUGCUUUUUGGUGCUGGUAUCACUGGAAAAUUGCCUCGGCGUGUGAAUAGAGUUACUCUCAAGAAUUUAACUCCUGGAAUGAAGCUGUGGGGAGUUGUCGCUGAAGUAAAUAAUAAAGACCUUGUAGUUAGUUUACCAGGGGGUUUACGUGGUAUUGUUAAUGCUUCAGAUGCACUAGAUCCUAUUUUGAAUGACAAAACCGAGAUUGGAGAAAGUUUUCUUUCUAGUGCAUUUUCUGUUGGGCAGCUAGUUUCUUGCAUUGUGCUUAGAUUGGACGAUGACAAGAAAGAGAAAGGACACAGGAAAGUUUGGCUUUCUUUGCGUCUUUCAUUGUUGCACAAGAACUUCAACUUAGAUGUUGUUCAAGAAGGCAUGGUCCUUGCUGCAUAUGUGAAAAGCAUCGAGGAUCAUGGUUUCAUUCUUCAUUUUGGUUUGCCUUCUUUCACGGGAUUCUUACCUAAAGAAGGCUGGAAUGGAGAAGUUAGAAUUGGGCAACUUGUGCAGGGAUUGGUCAAGAGUGUUGAUAAAGCUCAUAGAGUGGUUUACUUGAGUUCCAACUCUGAUAAAAUGUCCAAUAGUGUGACGAAGGAUCUCAAAGGCAUGUCAAUUGAUCUUCUAGUUCCAGGAAUGAUGGUUAAUGCCCGUGUGAAGUCAAUCCUUGAGAAUGGUGUAAUGUUAUCAUUUCUCACAUACUUCACUGGAACGGUUGAUCUGUUUCAUUUGCAAAAUAUAUAUCCUGCAGCAAGCUGGAAGGAUAAGUACAUUGAAUCUCAGAAGGUUGUUUGUCGGAUAUUAUUCAUUGAUCCAUCAAGUAGAGCUGUUGGUUUGACGCUGAAUCCACAUCUUGUUCAGAACAGGGCCCCUCCUUCACAUGUUAACAUUGGAGAUAUAUAUGAGAAUUCAAAAGUUGUCAGGGUGGAUAAAGGAUCAGGACUAUUGCUCGAGGUUCCAUCAAUUCCAGAGUCAACUCCAGCUUUUGUCAGUAUAUCUGAUAUUGCUGAAGAAGAAAUUCAAAAGCUUGAGAAAAAGUACAAGGAAGGAAAUCAUGUCCGUGUUCGGAUUCUUGGGUUAAGGCAUUUGGAAGGACUUGCUACAGGAGUUUUGAAGGCUAGUGCUUUAGAAGAGGCAGUGUUUACUCAUUCUGAUGUCAAACCUGGGAUGGUGGUGAAGGCUAAGAUUCUUUCAGUUGACAGCUUUGGUGCUAUUGUACAAAUUCCUGGUGGUGUGAAGGCACUUUGUCCUCUUCGACAUAUGUCUGAAUUGGAAAUUGCAAAGCCCGGGAAAAAAUUCCAGGUGGGAGCUGAAUUGGUGUUCCGUGUGCUUGGAUGCAAGUCAAAAAGAGUUACAGUUACACACAAGAAAACCCUUGUGAAAUCAAAACUAGAUAUUAUUAGCUCGUUCGUAGAUGUGACCGAUGGUUUGAUAACGCAUGGAUGGAUAACAAAAAUUGAAGAUCAUGGGUGCUAUGUACGAUUUUACAAUGGGGUCCAAGGAUUUGCUCCCAGAUCUGAACUCGGACUAGAGGCUGGUGGUGAUCCAGGUGCAGUGUAUAAUGUUGGACAAGUAGUAAAAUGCCGGGUCGUUAGUUCCAUUCCCGCUUCCCGGAGGAUCAACCUUAGUUUAAUCAUAAAGCCAACAAGGGUUUCUGAAGAUGAUGUGGUUACACUGGGUAGCAUUGUUUCUGGAAUUGUUGACCGAGUAACAUCUAAUGCUGUAGUUGUUUAUAUCAAUAGUAGUGGUUUCUCCAGGGGUACAAUAUCUAUGGAGCACCUGGCAGAUCAUCAUGGUCAAGCUACUUUGAUGAAGUCAGUAUUGAAACCUGGGUAUAAUUUUGAUCAACUACUGGUUCUAGAUUUUAAGGGGAACAAUAUGAUUCUGUCUGCCAAAAGUUCGCUUAUCAAAUAUGCUCAGCAAAUUCCUGCAGAGAUUAGUCAGAUGCAUCCUAACUCAGUUGUACAUGGUUAUAUAUGUAAUUUAAUUGAGACAGGAUGCUUUGUUCGUUUCCUUGGUCAAUUAACUGGCUUUUCUCCGAGAAAUAAGGCUGCAGAUGACCAGAAAACCAAUAUUUUGGAAGCCUAUUUCAUUGGGCAAUCAGUUCGCUGUAAUGUAUCCAAUAUUAACGGUGAAACUAGCAGAGUAACAGUCUCUCUAAAGCAGACAUCUUGUUCUUCAGCAGAUGCAUCAUUUAUUAACGAGUACUUUCUUAUGGAUGAAAAGAUUGCUAAGUUGCAAUACAAGAACUCCAGUGAAUCUGAUUUGAAAUGGGAUGAAAAAUUCAACAUUGGCACAGUUACUGAAGGGAGAGUUGAGGAAAUUAAGGAUGUUGGAAUUGUUGUUUGCUUUGAGAAGUACAACGAUGUUUUUGGUUUUAUUACUAAUUACCAGUUAGGUGGAACUGUUGUGGAGAAAGGCUCUCUAGUGGAAGCGUUUGUUCUUGAUUUCGCAAAGGCAGAGCGGCUUGUUGAUUUAACUCUAAAACCCGAGUUCAUUAAUAUAUCUAGAGAUAGAAGUUCCAAGAGUCUUACCAAGAAAAAGAAACGUCAAAGGGAUGCUCUGAAGGACUUGGUGUUGCAUCAGACAGUGAAUGCAGCAGUGGAAAUUGUGAAAGAGAACUACUUGGUUGUAUCUAUUCCUGAGAAUAAUUACACCCUAGGAUAUGCACAAUUAUCUGACUAUAAUACUCAAAGAUUUCCGCGGAAACAAUACCUAAAUGGACAGAGUAUUGUUGCAACUGUUAUGGCUCUUCCAAGCCCUGAAACAUCAGGAAGGUUACUUUUACAUCUGAAUGAGGCCAAAGGGACAUCUAGUUCUAAAAGAACCAAGUCUAGCUAUAAAGUGGGAUCACUGGUUGAGGCAGAGAUUACUGAAAUAAAAACUUUUGAGCUGAAACUGAAGUUUGGAUUUGGCUUACACGGCAGGGUUCACAUAACAGAGGUACACGAUGCAAAUGAUUUGGAAAAUCCAUUUUCUGGCUACAAAAUUGGGCAAACAGUGACGGCAAGAAUAGUUUCAAAGCCUAAUGAGGCUGAUAGCAGUAGAAAUGGAUCACGGUGGGAGCUUUCAGUCAGACCUGAAAUGGUUACAGGUUCCAGUGACAUAGGAGACAAUGUAUCAGAGAAACUGGACUUUAAGAUUGGGCAAUGUGUGGCUGGUUAUAUAUAUAAAGUCGAAAGUGAAUGGGUCUGGUUAGCAGUUUCUCGGAAUGUUAAAGCUCAGCUACAUAUUCUUGACAGUUCUACUGAACCCAAUGAGCUCAAGGAUUUCCAAAAUCGAUAUCAUGUUGGAAAACCUGUUUGUGGUCAUGUUCUGAGUAUCAACUUGGAGAAGAAGCUCUUGCGGUUGGUUCUACGCCCCUUCUCUACUCUCCUUCUCAGAACUGAUGAAGAGCCACAAACUAACCUUGUGAAUAAGGAGUUGACAGCACAUAUUCAUGAAGGAGAUAUUUUAGGAGGAAGGAUUAGUAAAAUACUUCCUGGUGUUGGAGGACUGCUUGUACAAAUUGGUCCUCAUACAUAUGGAAAAGUGCAUUAUACUGAACUUACAGAGGAAUGGGUGCCUGAUCCGUUGUCUGGAUAUCAUGAAGGGCAGUUUGUCAAAUCUGUAGUUCUUGAAGUUAGCAACACUGUCAGGGGUACUGUUCAUGUUGACUUGUCAUUACGUUCUUCAAAUCUAAGGCCUUUGAAGGAUUCAGCAGAGGUUCACAGCAACAUGCGUGCUAUUGACAAAUGUGUGGAGAAGAUUGAGGAUCUUCACCCUAAUAUGGUUGUAAAGGGUUAUAUUAAAAUUGUCUCACCUAAAGGAUGCUUCAUUUUGCUCUCACGGAAGAUUGAGGCAAGAGUUCUUCUAUCGAAUCUAUCCGAUCAAUUUGUUACAGAUCUUGUGAAAGAAUUUCCUGUUGGAAAACUUGUAAUUGGCAGGGUUGUAAGUGUGGAGCCUCUCUCAAAUCGUGUUGAAGUUACAUUGAAGACAUCAACUGUUUCCAGUACAUCAAAAUCUGAGAUCUCUGAUUUGGGUAAAUUUCAUGUUGGAGAUGUGAUAAGUGGCAGGAUUAAGCGGGUUGAAUCAUUUGGUUUAUUCAUUGCAGUUGACAACACAAACAUGGUUGGAUUGUGCCAUGUUUCGGAGAUUUCUGAUAAUCAUAUUGAGAACAUUGAAGCAAAGUUUGGAGCUGGAGAGAAAGUAAAUGCAAUAGUAUUGAAGGUAGAUGAAGAAAAACACAGGGUUUCUUUGGGAAUGAAGAACUCAUAUUUGAUGGGAGAAACUGUUGUCCAAAUACCUUUAGAUGAACGGUCCAAUGAACCUAAUGGAGAUGGAAUAAAAUCUAUGUCUACUACAAAUAGUAGUUUGCUUGGACCCUUAAAUACAGAAGUUGAAUAUGAAACUGAUCAACUCCCAAUUCUUUCACAAGCAGAAGAAAGGGCCUACAUUCACCCACUUGAUGUUGUCCUUGAUGACUUUGAUCAACUUGAAGAAAACAACACAAAUAGUACUAGUAAAAGUGGAAAUAAAAAAGACGCUCUAACUGAAAAGCAGAUAAGGCACGAAAAGAAAAAGGCAAAGAAGGAAAGGAAGGAAGCAAUAGACAAUGAAGAGAAAAAAUCACAGGAGAAGGGUGUACCAAGGACUGCUGAUGAGUUUGAAAAGCUGGUUAGAAGCUCUCCCAAUAGCAGUUUCAACUGGAUAAAAUACAUGGAUUUCAUGAUUUCUUUGGCUGAUAUUGAGAAAGCCCGCUCAAUUGCUGAAAGGGCUUUGAGAACAAUAAUUAUCCGAGAGGAGAAUGAGAAGUUCAACAUCUGGAAGGCCUACUUUAAUUUGGAAAAUAAGUAUGGAAACCCUAAGGAGGAGGCUGUUAUGAAAGUAUUCCAGAGGGCCAUACAGUACAAUGAUCCCAAAAAAGUUCAUCUAGCACUUUUGGAAAUGUUUGAGAGGACUGAGCAGCAUAGUUUAGCCGAUGAACUUCUAAAUAAAAUGACAAAGAAGUUCAAGCAUUCUUGCAAAGUUUGGCUAAGGCGAGUACAAAAUCUUUUGUUGCAAAAGAAAGAUGAUGAUGUUGCUGUUGUUAAACGUGCUCUGUUAAGCCUUCCACAACGAAAGCAUAUCAAGUUCAUAACUCAGACAGCAAAACUCGAAUUCAAGAUUGGGCUUCCAGAUAGGGGGCGAUCUUUGUUUGAAAAACUUCUACAGGAAUACCCGAAGAGAACAGACCUUUGGAGUGUUUAUCUUGAUCAAGAAAUUCAACUUAAAGACAAGGACUUAAUUCGGGCACUUUUUGAAAGGGCAAUCAGUCUGAGCCUCCCACCUAAAAAAAUAAAGUUCUUAUUUAACAAGUAUCUUAAAUAUGAGACGGAUCAUGGUGAUGAGGAACAAAUAGAAUCUGUGAAGAGGAAGGCAAUGGAAUAUGUUGAGAGUUCUAUGGCUUGAUUUAAAAUUUCUGCUGCAUUUGGAGCUUGCUGCCAUAUUUUUGAAUCUAGUUGGUUAUAACAAAGAAUGCAUGGAUGUGAACUUAAGGUAAGCAUCAAAUGUGCACAGCAAGAGAAAGACACGCCCUUGACAAUUUUGGUUGCAUGUUAGGGGUGAGUUUGAACAUUAGAGCAGAAAACAUAAAUUAAUAGAUUCUUUUCCUGACUUUUGCCCAUUUUUUUUAUAAUAGUGAAAACAUUCUAAAUUAUUUAUAGAUUAGACAAUGUUGUAAUAUUAGAUUUUGUUUUAUUACGGUUAAUUUUAUGAAUGAAAUCAAAAUGAGUACCCGCAUUUGUUCUGGUAUGGGACGCGCAUUUGUUUUAAAUGUAUAUUUUUUUAAUAGAAAAUGUCUGGUACCCGUAAAAAAAAAAUUGAAUGUAUAGAAAA